UCCAUUUAAUUUAUAUUUUAAAAAAUUAGAUCUAUUAUGUCGAUGGCAGUUUUGUCUGGUCUUCUCUGGCAUCCUGAAUUAAAACUACAACAACAUGGCUUCCAUCAGUCGGCUCACCGGCAUGGUGGGCAGAACUUGUCAACAAUCCAAGGUUUCCCUCCCCUGUCAAUUGUUUGGCCAGCGGUCAAUCAUCACAGAAGCAGGACCUACAGUUAGGAAAGUCUGUGUUCAACAGCAAAUUGGGGUGAACAAUGGACAGCUUGAUUUCAGGAUAUGUCAGCAACGUCAUAUGUCAAACAAGAACUUCUUCCAGACAGUCAUUGAUAACAUCAGACAGGACAUGAAAAAGAGCAAGGAAAUGAAGGAGAGUAUAGAAAAAUUCAAAGAGGAAACACAGAAACUGGAAGAAUCUGAUGCUUUAAAACAAGCAAGGAAAAAAUUUGAAAGUAUAGAGGAAGAGACUCUGAAAAGUUCUACAGCCAUCAAAAAGACCCUUGAUGACAUCAAAGGAAAGGUCUCAGAGACAGUUGAAGAAGCCCAGAAAAAGGAAUUUGUCAAGAAAGGCAUUGACAUGACCAGCUCAGCAGCCUCAAAAGCUGCAGAAACUAUCACAAAGUCAAGCCAAGCAAUUGCUGAAAGUGAUGCAUUUAACCAGAUCAGUAAGGGUGUGAAGGCAGCUAAGGAGGAGUUUGAUGAGGUCACUCUCUCAAGGGCAAGGCAUUACAAGGCUCCAGAAAAAUUGAGAAAAAGAUCUGAUACAUCUGCAAGGCCGAAAGAUGGGAGAGCAGUGGAGGCAGAUGAAGAGUCAACCGGCAUGGUUCUUCACAAAGAUUCAAAGUUUUAUCAGAGCUGGCAGAACUUCAAAGACAACAACCAAUAUGUAAAUAAACUGUUUGACCUCAAAGUGAAGUUUGAUGAGAGUGACAAUGUAAUGAUAAGAGCUACCCGGUUUUUCACGGAUAAAGUUGGCCAAGUGUUUGGUGGCAUGUUCUCAAAAACAGAAAUGUCUGAAGUCUUGACAGAAAUUUGCAAAAUUGAUCCCAAUUUUGACCGAGAGAAAUUUUUGAGACUAUGUGAGAGAGAAAUCAUCCCCAACGUUCUUGAGGCAAUGAUCAGAGGUGAUCUGGAUGUUCUAAAGGACUGGUGCUUUGAAGCUCCUUACAAUACUCUAGCCCAUCCCAUAGAACAAGCAAAGAAGGCUGGCUAUGUUUUUGAUUCCAAGGUUUUAGAUAUUACACAAGUUGACGUAGUUGCUGGCAAAAUUAUGGAGCAAGGCCCAGUCUUAGUCAUCAGUUUUAAUGCACAGCAGAUACUGGUUGUCCGAGAUGCAAAGGGUAGUGUGGUGGAAGGGGAUCCUGACAAGAUAUUGCGCAUCAUGUAUGUGUGGGCCUUAUGUCGGGACCAGGAGGAACUUGAUCCGACAGCUGCUUGGAAACUCCUGGAUAUAUCAGCCAGUUCUUCAGAACAGUGGUUAUAGUUACACAUUUUCAAAAUUGUUUUGAGUCGAAAACAGGUGCCAGUUUACUCCGAAUUGGACCUCAGAAAUAUGGAGUUCCACAGAGAUCUCCAGAAGUGUGAAAAUAUACUUCUCUUCAAAUGCAGUGUCAUUUAUAAAUUGGCCCUUUUUUGUUUGUCUCAUGAAGUCGGAUGGCCUAUAUCCCAACAUAGGUAAUAAUCUUGAAGUAUUCAUUUUGACCCUAUGUUGUCAUGGUACUCUUGAUGCAUCGAGUAUGUUUGUCACAGAACCGUUUUUGUGAUAAAACAAAGGGCGAGAUUUGUAUUUAUAAAAUUAUAAAGUUAUGGGUGGAUGUACACUUUUGUGUGAAUGGCUUUUUUUGAUGAUGCAACUGUGUUUGACUGUUUUUAUUUGCAGAAGUCCUAUUAUGGUCUCGUGUUGAAGAGUGGAUAAAUAUUUAGGACAAUGUGAUCAAACAUGGAUCAUGUGUUUCUACCUCUUUUUAUUCUGAGCAAAAUUACUGUCUAGGCAAGAAGUCAAGAAGAUUGCAAUGUUUCAAGUGCAUGUUUUUUUCAUCUUUGACCUUUGAAUUAGAUUAUGCACAAAGACAACACAAAGAAUUUUUGAUUUUCAAGGCAUUUGAUAUAUGCUCAAUGCCUAUAAUUGCGAUCUGCUGUACAUUUGUAGGCCGAAAUGCAGGGAGUGAACCGUACCGCUUUUGGCUGAUUUUAUUUAAGUAACCAGGGAAUAGCUUCAUGUGUUCCCUGUAUUUGAGGAGGGAUUUUUUUUUUCAGCUUUCACUUUAGUCACUUUUGUAAAACAUUGUUGAUGACAUAAGUGGGAAUGCUGUACUUUAGGAUUUAAAAAAUUUUUUUUGAAGGGACAAACCGAUGCAGCAUCAGGUAGACUUGAAUUCCCAGUGUAGAUCUAUGUUCGGGAGUUAAGCACAUAAAUUGUGUUGAUUUGUUCUUUAAUUGUUUUACUCUCAGUUGAAAUUCUGUUUCAAGUAAGUCUCACUCUGAAUUUUAUGAAGCAACAUCUUUCUUAAGUCUGUAGAUCUAAUCAUAAUUACAAAAUAAAGGUAGAAAUGUUAAUUUGAAAUUUUUGUUGACCAGAUGUGGGUCGAUCUAGUAUGUUAAUUUUAGGGGUUUCAGUAUUUUUAUAGGUUCAUGAAAUUGUGAUACAAGAGAUGAACCUGGCAUACAGCUCUUAAACAAUGAUCUUUGAAUUCAUGCUAUAGAUACAAAGAGCAUAAUGACAGCUGCAAACAAAUGUACUGUUAUGCUGCCGCAUCCAAAAUCCUAUGAAUUUGUUCCUGUCUUUUUUAAAAGAGAUUGGGCUUAUCAAACUGGUGUGAAGAGCUGUUUCAACACUCACAGCCUUCAAAAUGAUAUGAAAUUAAAAGAAAUGAAAACGGGAGGAAUGUGAUGCUAUUUCUUAUACUAAGUGUGGCAUGAAAUGAAAGAGUGAAAUGAAGAAUUGAAAGCUUGUUGAAAUAUUUGGAGUUCGUGUGAUUGUUGCAUGUGAUCAGUGAUAGAUUUGACUUUUUGACUGCAAGUUUGGAAGGUGAGAAAAAUUCUUGUUUUACUGCCAUUGAGAGUGAUAUGAUAAAAUGAAAUGAAACGGCCAUUAAAAUACAUUGUUUAAAAAAAUGUU